AUGGAGGAAAAGAAAGCGCCGGUUCAAAACCUACUAGACCAGCUUAGCAAAAUCAAUGAGAUGCCGUUGGAUUUCGAUGCAGUGGCUAAAUUAAAACAAAGCAUCCGGACGAAUCCAUUGCACCAAAGCAUCCAAUCCGUGCUUGUUGAAAAAAAGCAGCAAUUAUUCCUCUCUCCUCAAAUGAUCAAAGAAGAAUGCGUAGAAAACGAGGAGCGACUGGAUAACAUGCUCAGAGCAGAAGGAAUAACUGAUAAUCAUGAUAAUGUAAAGCAUGAAUUCGAAUUAGGUGGAGACGAUCAGGAUGAGUAUCGUCGAGAACUGGCGAAUGUGAGGAAGAAGUUUGCAGAGAGCAUGAAACUGUGUCAAGAGAAUCGAGCCAACUUCUGCGAAACGGUGAAGUAUGUUCUGCAUUCUCACGGCGAGUUCCGUCCAAUCACCCACUCGGCAAUCGAGAAAAUGGCUCAAAUUGUGUCAAACAAGUUUAGCAAAGUCUCCGAGCUGCUGAAACAGAGUACAUGCGAGAGUGUGAUCCAGCUUAGAAGACGAUAUUUCGAUGCCAGACGGAAGCGAAGAAACUUCUCAAAAUCGUCGACACAGAUUCUCAACGACUAUUUCGCCGCGCAUAUCAGCCACCCGUAUCCUUCGGAAGAGGUCAAACAGGCGUUGGCUCUGCAGUGUAACAUUAGUGUAGCACAGGUGUCCAACUGGUUCGGAAACAAGAGAAUCCGCUACAAGAAAACCAUGUCAAAAAACGAAGAGGAACAUCGGGAAAUCGUAAGAAACACUGCUGGCCGACCAUCUGCCAACCCAUACAAUUUUGGCUUCCCGGGAAUGCCUAACCCGUACCAAAUGAUGAUGCCAGGACAACCAAUGGCAGUUGGAAUGGCUCCAUUCAACUUUCCAGUUUAUAAUCCGGAAAUGGUAAGAGAAACAAUCUUUCAAUUUUAA